AUGGCGCGUAAAAAACGGCCGUUGUCUCCCUCUACUGAGCCCGCUAAUGAGAAUGUCGGCCAGCCUGACCUGCACCAAGAGCUGGUUGGCCCCCGACCCCGCCGCAUCCCGAGUGUCCUCAUCACAGAUGAUGCGUCUGUCCUCACUUGCACUCCCACUCGUGAUCACUCAUUCAUUGCAUGCUCGUUUGCCUUGGAUGCUAGUUACCCUGACCCCUACCUUGAGGUCUCCUUUGAGUGUGCCUACCAUGACCCAAUUCCUCCUCCUGACCCUCUUGAUGAUCCGCAAGCGGAGUCUGGCCAUGUCGACAAGAAACAAGAUGCCCAAGGAUACCGGAACACGCACCACGGCUGUGCCAAGUUCACUUCGAGUGACAUUGCGAGUCUGAGAAUCGUCCAACUCGAGGCCCCGAAUAACGAAAACAAGGAGCUACAGAACCUGACAUUUGCGGACGCCAUGGCCCGAGGUGACCGAUCAAUUGCCCCACAGAAUCUUGUUGAUGGGAACCGCAUCCUUAAACUAGCCUUGGAUGAGGGGAAUCUCAAAAUUCUCCGCAUUGAACUCCAUGAAGACGUGACCAUCAAAACCAUCGGUCUCCACACUCCCAAAGUCCUAGGGGAGCAGAACGCCUCAUGGCUUGAACUCUGUCAGCACCACAAGUCUUCGCGUUCAUUCAAUCUGGCCGUGGAUUCCACAUACGAAGGCCUGGAGGCCAUGAGAUCCCAAAUUGUCAGCAGUUGGGAGGAAAUGAGACAGUCCCCGGGGCCAUUCCACGAAUUCUAUGGAAAUCAUCCUGACAAGCCUUUUGUCAAGAGUGGAUCGGCAGAUGACAAUGUACCUCGCACGUCCCGUCGCAACGACUUUGAUGCUCCUGGUCAAUUGGGCUUUAUGCACAAGCAUGAGUACAAUGCUUUGUGUGCUUACGGCUACAUCGAUGAGCACGCAUACAAUGAUUCGGCUACCCGAGAACUGACCGGUCGUCCUUUGGAGCUCAGGCUCAUGGAAGUUCCACAUACUGAGGGUCGGGAGUUCAUGGCGUUUGUCUCCGAGGCCAACGUCGCAUCUGCUCGUCUUCAGCCAGGAGAUCCACUCGAAUACGCCUUCGUCGACGGAGAUAGUGCUGACGCUGGCUCUCAACCCGACGGACAUGAUCGAAUGGAAGGUAUCCAUAGUUCAGAUCCGUAUGAGCGUCCCCUAGCCCAAGAAGAGCUAGACAGGGAGGAGGAAGUCGACUUCAUGGACAGUGUUCAUGAUGAUGAUCCCCGAGAGCGAAAUUUGGCUAUUCUCAAGUUCAUAGACGAAAAGAGGACCGCGAAGCAAUCCGAACCCCAGACGCCACCACAGACAACCGAACCCAUUUACUGGACUGGCAAAGUUGGUAACGACGCCGCUUGGAUUCCCACUGGUUGGAGGCUCUUGUACAUGGUUCGCCCCUACGAUAGAGACGCCAAAGCUUGGGAUUUCAAAGAAGAGAUCAACGCCUUGCCAUGGAGAACAAUGGCAGAUCCCGACUUCAAGACAAAGUUUCUGGCCCACCCUCCUCAUCAUGUGUGCCUGGGGAUCAUUAUUAGCGAGAAGGAAAAGAAGUCAAUUCUCGCAGCCAACCAUGAGAUGUACAUGAAGGGCGGACAAAUGGAGGAACUCUGGGAUUUGCUCUUAAUGCAGGAACCCUCAACUUUCCGUCAUGUCGACUUCUACGGCACAAUCCAGGAAGACACAUUUGAUUUUGCUCAAAUCACCAACAGGAUGAACCAUGGUCAGAAAGCGGCUUUUGCUGCAUUACGUGACAUGCGUGCCUUUGCUGUCGCACUCCACGGACCUCCUGGCACCGGAAAGACUUUCUGGGCCUCCAACGUCCUCAUUCCCCUUAUCCAGCAACCGAAUAAGGACACAGGGCAGCCUCACCUGAUUUACGCUAUGGCCGCAACCAAUGACCAAGUUGACAAGCUUGCGGAGGAGCUUCACAAAGUUCUGAACCAGAUCAGAAAGUCCCUCGUAGUCUUUGUAUGA